GCGAAAUACCAGUGUUACAAUGUUUGUAGCAAUCGCCUUUCUUUCACUCGUAGAGGUACUUCUCGCCUGCUCGCCUCUCCCCAAUGGGCAAGAGAAGCAUCUAUUUCUUCAAAUAACUCAUAUGGAUAAAAUUCCCGUGCAGUUUGCGUGGGGUAAAGCAGCUAUAGGUGUAGCUGCAACCGAGAACGAAGCAAAGAAGAAUUUGAAACAAGCGGUUAAGAAAGCGAUAGUUCAAACUGUCAAGCAAGAAGCUAAAGCAGCUGGAGUCGAGCAUCUUGUCACCGACUUGGGUAAACAGUUCAAGCCAACAAUUUACUAUUAUCCACUGCACUGUGAUAACAAGAUCACAAUAAAAAAAGAUAUCGGCUGUCAAGAAAAAACUGUGGACUGGUGCUGCUCUGCAACUGACAACUUGAUUGACAAGAUAGAAAUUCCGGGACACCCAAAUGCAACAAAACCGAUCAGUCCAGUACCAGAGCCGUACCAACAAGUAAUUGUGGAUCUCAGUAUUGCGAAUGCCGUUGUGGCAGGUUGGACAAAAGAGCAGUGGGCAGUCAAAAUGGCAAACGUUGAGCAGAAUCUGAGAAAUAACAAAGACUAUGGAGAAGCCUUCAGAAGUGUCUCAGUGAAAGUCCUUUGAGUAUGACGUGAAUAAGCGCUGCGAAAACAGUUUGAAUGAAGUUGAGAAGCAAUAAUCACAA